CAUUACAAUUUUGCAAGGUUUGGUGCUUAUAGCCAUUCAAAAAAUAAAAAACAUCAAAAUCAUGGCACUAAUUUUCAGUAUAUUAUGUCUUAUUAUAAUAGCGCAAAACUUAGCGAAUAUAUCUGCAACAGAUUAUUGCAAUAUUCAAUCAUGUAAAGAAAUAGGAGCAGUUCAUACAAUGUGCAUGUAUACAUCAUCAACACCGGCGGCAGCAUGUAAGCAAUGGAGUAAUCAAGGUCUAAAUGAUAUUGAAAAAGAAGCUAUACUAAAAAAACUCAAUCAACUGAGGCAAAAGAUCACGUCAAAUUUAAAAAAGAGAGUAACGGGUCCGCUACAAACGACGAUUUAUAUGCUAGAUUUGUCCUGGGAUGAAGAACUAGAGACAAUUGCGCAGAGAUGGGCCAAUCAGUGUAUUAAAGAUUAUAACGAUUGUAGGGACGUAGAAAGAUUCGAAGUUAUCCAGUAUAUAGCCUCGAAAUCGUCUUUAGAUGAAAAUGAGUUCACUUUGGAAGACUUGAUACAAUCAGCGUAUAAUCAGAUAUUUGAAAUGGGAAAACAUUACUUUCCCACAUUAAUGAAUAUUGAAAACAUAAUGGAAGAUUAUGCUUAUGGUCUCUGGGCUAACGUAACGAAAGUCGGAUGUGGGCGAAUUAAGUUCAAGAAGUCAAACGGCUUAACCACGCAUCAUGGAGUUUGCAACUAUGGUCUAACUGGACCACACCAGAAAAAACUUUAUGUAAAAAUUAGAGAAAUAAACUAA